CCACCAGUGUGCUAUAAAACUUGCAUUCACACCCUCAAGAAGGGACCUGCCCAUCAGGACACCUUCAGUACCAACCAUGUUGCAUAUCGCUCUGUUGAUUCUGCUGGCUGCUGCUUCCAGUGUCAAGGGUGAAACGUUGACCCAGCCGGCAUCUCGGACUCUCCGGCCUGGUGAAGUGUUAAACAUUGACUGUCAGGUGUCUUAUUCCUUGGGCAGCUACUACACUGCGUGGGUCAGGCAGCCUCCAGGGAAAGGACUAGAAUGGAUCGGGAGCAAGAUAUCCACUGGAGGCUAUAACCUUAAGGCCUCCCUGAAAAACAAGUUUAGUAUUGAACUAAACCCCUCCAGCCAAACAGUUACCCUAAACGGACAAAGUAUGCAGCCUGAAGAUUCUGGCAUGUAUUACUGUGCCAGACACACACAACAACACGAACCAUGAGCAAGCUUGAACAAAAAGGAAAA